GAAACAAAAUAAAUAAAUCCCUGACUGGAAGGAUAGACAGAAGAUCAACAAUACUACUAUCAGGAGACACCGAACCAAACACUGGACAUGUAAAUACACGGUUAAUGUGUAUUCGACGCCUGUCGAAGCCUAGCAAUGCUGUUGCUAACGACGCUAACUUAACAACGGGACCUCGUCAGAGCUAUGAUAAAAACAUUAGCGCUCCACCUACGCCAGCCAGCCCUCCUCUGCUCAUCAACACCCGUGCUCACCUGCGUUCCAGCGAUCGACGAUGCGGUCGGCGGCCCGGAGACGUAGGAAGUCAAGAAGCCCCCAUGUUUUUGUGCUAAGACUGCAAACUCAAUUCUGAUUGACGGAAUGGCAUGCCUGGAAAUUCAGCACCAGUGAUCAGGGCCGGAGACUCCAGUCGAGACAUCCUGUGGAGCCAGAUAUCAGGUUUUUAAGUCAUGAUGCAAGACUCUGGGGCCGAGACAACAAGCAAUGGACCACUUCAUCAAAAUGGAGGAGCGAGGGCGGAGGACAGUUCCGGGGAGGGACGCUGCAAGAGCGCCACGCCGUCAGCGGAGGUGACCGCCGCCGAUCUCGCCCGUCUCCAGCAGCACCAGGCGCUCCAGGUAGCUCGCCAGAUACUUCUGCAGCAGCAGUGUCAACUAAACGCCGGCUGCAAAUCCCCCAAAGUGGACGACAAGGACCAAAGCCUACAGGUUCCAGUGUCAGUGGCUAUGAUGACACCUCAAGUGAUAACUCCUCAGCAGAUGCAGCAGAUCCUCCAGCAGCAAGUCCUGAGCCCUCAGCAGCUCCAGGUUCUUCUCCAGCAGCAGCAAGCCCUCAUGUUACAGCAGCAGCAACUUCAGGAUUUCUACAAGAAGCAGCAGGAACAGCUCCACCUCCAGCUCCUCCAGCAGCAUGCAGGCAGCAAGCAGAGUAAAGAGCAGCCGGUGUCGGCGCAGCAGUUGGCCUUCCAGCAGCAGCUUCUUCAAGUCCAGCAGGUCCAGCAGCAACAUCUGCUCAACCUUCAGCGGCAAGGCCUGCUCACCAUCCAGCCAGGACAACCGUCCCUGCCCCUGCACUCCCUCACUCAGGGCAUAAUUCCUGCGGAGCUGCAGCAGCUAUGGAAGGAGGUAACAAACGCUCAUGUGAAGGAGGAGUACAACAACAGCAACAACAGCAGCAGCCACAACAACAGCAACAAUGGCCACCGAGGGCUUGAUCUGUCCUCCCCGACACCACCAAAGAACCCAGUCCACAACCAGCACGACGCCACCAAUGGGCAGUACAUGAGUCAUAAGAGAGAAGUAUCCACAGUGGAAGAGUCCUCCCCCCAUAGCCAUCCUCUCUACGGCCACGGUGUUUGCAAGUGGCCUGGAUGUGAAGCGGUGUUUGAUGAUUUCCAGUCAUUCCUCAAGCAUCUUAACAAUGAGCAUGCCCUGGAUGACAGGAGCACCGCCCAGUGUCGGGUGCAAAUGCAGGUCGUACAACAGCUGGAGCUGCAGCUAGCGAAAGACAAAGAGCGUCUGCAAGCGAUGAUGACGCAUCUUCAUGUCAAAUCCACAGAGCCCAAAGCCACGCCGCAACCGCUCAACUUGGUGUCCAAAGUUACAUUGUCCAAGUCGGCCCUUCCUGAAGCCUCUCCUCCGCUGAGCGUGCCCUGGACCCCCACCACGCCCACGGCACCGUACACGCCCCUGUCGCAGACCCACUCGGUCAUCACGGCCAACACCCUCCACAGCGUUGGCCCCAUGCGGCGGCGUUACUCUGAAAAAUAUAACAUGCCCAUCUCUCCAGAUCUCAGUCAGAACAAAGAAUUUUACAUGAACGCAGACGUCAGACCGCCUUUCACCUACGCCUCAUUAAUAAGACAGGCAAUCCUGGAAUCGCCAGAAAAGCAGCUAACACUAAACGAAAUCUACAACUGGUUCACGCGAAUGUUCGCGUAUUUCCGGCGCAACGCAGCGACGUGGAAGAACGCAGUCCGGCAUAAUCUUAGUCUUCACAAGUGUUUUGUGCGAGUAGAAAACGUAAAAGGGGCCGUGUGGACAGUGGACGAAAUAGAGUUCCAAAAGAGACGGCCUCAAAAGAUCAGUGGAAGUCCGGCAUUGGUGAAGAAUAUUCAGACUAGCUUGGGCUACGGUCCAACCUUCUCCGCUGCCUUUCAGGCUUCAAUGGCAGAGAACAACAUACCUCUAUACACAACUGCUUCCAUUGGAAGUCCCACCCUCAACUCCCUGGCCAACGCCAUCCGCGAGGAGCUGAAUGGAGCAAUGGACCAUGGAAACAGCAACAGCAGUGACAGCAGCCCGGGACGCUCGCCCCUGCUCGCUAUGCAUCAUCACAUCAGCGUCAAGGAAGAACCGCUAGACCCCGAGGACCACGAAGGGCCCCUCUCCCUGGUCAACCACAGUCCCGACUUCGACCACCACAGAGAUUACGACGACGACCAGGGCCACGACGACAUGCUGUGAGGAGCGUAGCGGCCGAGUCACGACAACGAACUGCAGUCUCUCGUGGCGCCGACGGCCGAAGUAACUUUUUUUUUUUUUGGUGCCAUAACGACACGACUCACUUUUUACUCGUCAUUUCCUGAAUUCAUCCUUUGGUACGUGGCGACGUGUUCGCCGUCAGAGAUGAGGGACCAAAAAUAAAAAGGGGGGACCGGCGAGAGACCCUCGCCACACAGCCAGGAAGGCGGACUGUGAUGUGGUCAUAUGCCCCCCCCCCCCUAACCCCCUCCCCCCCCAAUAUAAGGACACACAAGUUGACAGAGACCAAGUGACUGGCGUGUCAAUCACGUGCGCUUUCACUGCCUUCAACACUUUGCUUCAAGUCCGUCUGCUGUGAGUUCUUUUUUUUUUGGGUCGGGGGGGAGGGGGGAGGCGGUUCUACAAAAGCAACAUAAGGAGUCUUUCCAUCAGUCAGCGCUGUUAUUGAUGUUGUGAUUUUCUUUCUCUAAACUCAUCAGACCUCAUGUCCAGGCCGUGUGUGUAUGUGUGUGUGUGUGUGUGUGUGUGUGUGUGUGUGUGUGUGUGUGUGUGUGUGUGUGUGUGUGUGCGUGUGUGUGUGUGUGUGUGUGUGUGAGUGAAUUAGUGAUGUGCAAUACCACCGAUUUUUUUUUCCCGAUCCGAUACCAAGUAAAAUUCAGGCUGGUAUCGGCAUUACCGAUACUCUGUGCAAUUAUACCUGAUAAAAACCAAAAUUGUGUAUUUUCAAAUAAUAACAUAUCUAUCUAAAAUAAACAACAACAGUAUACAUUUAAGGAAAAAGAGCAUAACAUCGGAUUGUAAUGUAAAAAAAGCUGAAAUAAUUAAUAAUAAUAUACUUAGUCACC